UCAUCGCUAAUCGCUUUCUUUCAUUUCUUUUUAGGCCGCCUCGCCGCGUUGGGAACCACAAAUUGCGGUGCUCUGCGAAGCCGGUCAAGUAUUUCAACCGCAAUACCUCUCCGAAGAGGGACGCUGGGUAACGGAUUUGAAUAAGAAGACAUCGGGCGCCACAUGCCUGCGUGACAAAAUGGAUUUACUGGACUACUGCAAAAAGGCCUAUCCAAAUCGUGACAUCACCAACAUUGUUGAAUCUUCGCAUUAUCAGAAAAUCGGUGGCUGGUGUCGUCAGGGAGCUUUGAACUCAGCCAAAUGUAAAGGGGCACAUCGCUGGAUUAAACCAUUCCGUUGUUUGGAAGGACCAUUCCAAUCGGAUGCACUGCUCGUCCCCGAAGGUUGCCUCUUCGAUCACAUUCACAAUGCAUCGCGCUGCUGGCCAUUCGUGAGGUGGAAUCAAACUGGCGCCGCUGCUUGUCAGGAACGUGGAAUGCAGAUGCGUAGCUUUGCCAUGUUGUUGCCUUGCGGUAUUUCAUUGUUCUCGGGCGUGGAAUUCGUUUGCUGUCCGAAACAUUUCAAAACCGAUGAGAUACGCGUAAAGAAGACCGACCUGCCCGUUAUCGCCCCAGCUGAGAUUACCAACAGCAAUGUGGAUGUGACUAACGAUGAUGACAAUGACUCCAACUACUCCAAGGAUGUCGGCGCCGAUGAUGAUCUUGACGAGGAUGAUGACUUAAUGGGCGAUGACGAGGAGGACGAAAUGGUCGCCGAUGAAGCAGCUGCUGGGGAGGCAAAUAGCUCCAAUGCGGACGAUUUGAAUGGCGAAUAUGAUUCGAGCGAGGAUUUGGACAAUUACGAAGAGGAUGGUGGCGGCGCAGCUGAGGAGCAGUCGGACAACUGGGAAUUGCAGAAUGGUAGCUCAAGCGGCGCGAAACCCACAGCGGUGAAGUCCAACGCAGAAGAGGCGGGUGGCGCAAAGGGCAAAUUGGGCGUUGAAUCUGUUGUUAAGGGCGCCGCUGGUAUGAUGGCCGAUGGCCCAGUCUUGCCGGCAGCACAGCAGCAGCAAAUGCCCUCGGCGCCAUCGACCAGCCAGCCGACCGUCGACCCAUACUUCACCCACUUCGAUCCGCACUACGAACAUCAGAGCUACAAAGUAAGUCAAAAACGCCUCGAGGAAUCGCAUCGCGAGAAGGUCACACGUGUCAUGAAGGACUGGUCCGAUUUGGAGGAGAAGUAUCAGGAUAUGCGCCUAGCCGAUCCAAAGGCUGCACAGAGCUUCAAGCAACGCAUGACCGCACGCUUCCAGACUUCUGUUCAGGCACUCGAGGAAGAAGGCAACGCCGAGAAGCACCAGCUGGCCGCCAUGCAUCAGCAGCGCGUACUGGCCCACAUUAAUCAGCGCAAACGCGAGGCGAUGACCUGCUACACACAGGCGCUCACCGAGCAGCCACCAAAUGCUCAUCAUGUCGAGAAGUGUUUGCAGAAGCUGCUACGCGCCUUGCAUAAAGAUCGCGCACACGCUUUGGCGCAUUAUCGUCACCUCUUGAACUCCGGCGGUCCAGGUGGCUUGGAAGCUGCCGCCUCGGAUCGACCACGCACUUUGGAGAGACUCAUCGAUAUCGACCGCGCUGUCAAUCAGUCCAUGACCAUGCUGAAACGCUACCCAGAAUUGUCUGCCAAGAUUUCACAGUUGAUGAAUGACUAUAUUUUGGCACUGCGCAGCAAGGACGACAUACCCGGCUCAUCGUUGGGCAUGAGUGAGGAAGCAGAGGCGGCCAUUUUGGAUAAGUAUCGCGUUGAAAUUGAGCGCAAGGUAGCGGAAAAGGAGCGCUUGCGCUUAGCCGAGAAGCAACGUAAGGAACAGCGCGCCGCCGAGCGUGAGAAAUUGCGCGAAGAGAAGUUACGCAUGGAGGCCAAGAAGGUGGAUGAGCUGCUUAAGUCGCAAGCCGACCAAGAAGGUGGCGCCAGUGGCGCUGGCUCUACUGGUUCAUCCACCACUGGCGGCUCCUCCUCCGGCUCCGGCGCAUUGGGUGAUUCAAAGGUGAGCAGCAAAGAAAUCGGCCAACUGGUGGAUACCACCAAAUUGUCACAGAGCGAAAAGGAUAGUAAUGGCGGUGAAGAGUACGCCGAUGUCACUGUCAGCACCAAAACCCAAACCGUCCUGCCCACAGUCGACGAUGAUGCCGUACAGCGCGCUGUUGAGGAUGUAGCUGCUGCUGUCGCUCACCAGGAGGCUGAGCCACAGGUGCAACAUUUCAUGUCGCACGAUUUGGGCCAUCGCGAAUCGAGCUUUUCGCUGCGUCGCGAAUUCGCCCAUACGCACGCGAACAAGGAGGGACGCAAUGUCUACUUCACUUUGUCGUUCGCCGGUGUUGCAUUGUUAGCGGCCAUAUUUGUUGGUGUCGCAGUAGCCAAAUGGAGAACAGCUCGUUCGCCACAUGCGCAAGGCUUUAUUGAGGUUGAUCAGAACGCCACCACACAUCACCCCGUUGUACCGGAGGAGAAAAUCGUGGCGAAUAUGCAAAUCAAUGGCUAUGAAAAUCCAACAUACAAAUAUUUCGAGGUGAAGGAGUAAAAGCACCAAGAAAAUAAAAAAGAAAUUUAUAAAAUAAAAACAAAAUUUGCAAAUAUUGUAAACGCACUCAGCAACUCAGAAAUCCAACUAAAGGAGAAGUAAGACCCCGCCCUCCCCCAUGAAAGUAAAAUACAUAACUAAAUCAAACUCCCUAUAAAAAGCCUGCUUUAUCAUGCCACUUAUACAUACUUACAUACAUAAGAGAGAAUGUAAUAAAAAUAAAAAUGAGUCAUGCUAAAUUUACAAAAAAAAAACAACCCGUGAAUUAUACCAACCAUAUUUUCCAAAAGAAAAAUGAAAAUAAUUCUAAGCAAAUUUAAGAAAAUAAGGAAAUUUAAAUAAAAUCGGAGCGCAGUUCCAAGGUAGCAGAAGAAGAAAAUGUAAAGUGGUAAAAUAGUGAAAGCAAACACAAAAGCGAACACAAAGAAAGGGGCUCAUAAACGAAGUAAAAGAACUAAAACUGAUAAAAGCGCAAAUAAAAACAGACAAAAUUAAAAAAAAAAAAACGAAAUAAAAAUUCGCAAAAUUAAUUUUUGAAAGUGAAAAAUCGAGCUCAAAUAAACAGCGAUUACAGCUCGAAAUUUAUACUCAAAACACAGAUACACAUACAUACAUGAAUAGACAUGAAAGCCCCCAAAACACUCACUCAAACAUUCACUUACCCUCUACUCACUCACUCACUCACUCACUCACUCAAUGGUAAAAAAUUCAGAAUUCUUUCAUACUCCACAUUUGAAUAAAAAAAAAACGUAUGUUGUUCUUGUUUAGAAAGUAUUAAUUAAAAAUUAUGUGUAAUGGUAAUGAGUAACAGAAAAAAAAAAUUAAAAACUUACAAUUAAGUAACAAAUCAAGCAGAAGCAAAUUAAUUUUAAGCAAAAUGUGAAAGAAAAGGUUUGCAAAUGGAAACAGCAAAUGAAGGUGUGCGAGAUUUUAUUUAAGUAUCAAAGUAAAAAAAUAAUAAUUUUGCGCAACAAUUAAAGCUAAAUGGAAAAAUAAGCAGAUUUCUACAUUUUUUUCUAACAAAGGGGCAACCAUUUUCAGUGCAAGAGAAUAGCUAAUGCGUAAGCAAAGGGGGACUAAGCGGUACUUCAACGAAAAUUAUUUGAAACUUAAAACUUUUUUGAACGAGAGUAGAGAUAAAAUAGAGCGAGAACUGCAAUGAAAAGAGCGUAGGAGAAAAAGUGAAUGAAAAGCUUUAAAAAGCUAAGGUGAAAGAAAGAAUUCCGAAGUUAGAGUAUUUUUAAAUAGAAAAACGAGAGAUUCGUGAAAAAUAAAGUGGAAAUAUAAAGCUUGCGCUAUGCAACUUUUUAAAAAGCAAAGAAGUAAAUGACUAACUUAUUCACAAAUCAAAUAAAAUGUACAAAAAUUAGUAAACGAGACAAAAGAGAAGCGUAUCUACUAGAAAAACUAGUGAAAAACUGUUUAAGGAGCGGCAGGAUAUACAAAAGAAAGAGCAUUGGGGGUAAAAUUUAUAAAAUUAGUAAGUUAUUUUCACUCAACUGAAGAGACUAUCGAAAGCCCCCUAAAGCAGUAAUGCUCAAAACAGCGCCCGCGGGCGGAAUUCUUCAAAGCUCUCUGUAAAUUUUUUAUGGACGCUCACAGAGUAAAAUUUCUCUCUGAACCACACUAUCCUAAAGGCACUCUAAAAACUCCUAGAGCUAUAGUGAGCAGCUUCUUUCUAGUUCUCCGAGCUUUUUUGAGCUCUCAAUACAACUGGUAUGGGCAUGUACAAGGGAUACCUCGUAUUACUUUCCUCUAAUAAAUAAAUAUUCCUUUUAUAAAUAUACGUUGACUUUCGAAGAGCAUCUUGAAACAUACCAACAAGCUUUAGUAAGAAAAAAAAGCUCGCUGAACAUUUAAUAAAUUUACAAUGAAAUAACAGGCAAACAACUGAGGAACGCACUAAGAAAGAAACAUCGCCAAAACCUUUUAGAAAAGCACACCACGUAACGAAAGCGUUCAAGCUUUAAUCUUCCUUAGCUUACAUACAAUUUCGCUCGGAAGCUCCUCUCUCACUCUCCGUCUCAAAGUCCCUCUCUACCCAUGCAGAUUGAAAUUCUCUCGCACUCACUCCUACAUACUGCAUUCAAAUUAAAUUAAAAGAAAAUGAGAGCAAAAAUUGUACUUUACAUAAAAAUCAAUAAACUUAUAAUAGGUAAGUGAAAUUUUUUGUGAAAGCGAAAAUAUGUAAAAUCGAUGUAAUAAAUAGCAAAACAAAAAAAUGGAGAACGCAAAAAAUUAUAGAACUUAUCACGCCUAUAAGAGAAAACCAAAACAAAAACAAAAAAUAACUUUCACUCACUCUAUUCUUAACAAAAAUACAAAAACAACAAUCGCCUGCUUUUCAUUAAUAACCCAAAAGAAACGCUAUAAAUAAGAGGUUAGCAUUAGCUGGUUAAGAAUUCUAUAGUAUAUAUACAUAGAUAUAUAUAAAAUGGACAAAAAUAAAUAAAAGAGAGAAAUAAAUGACGCGCAUAAAAUAUGUUUACAUACAUAAAUACAUAGCUAUAUAAAUGCCUGCUGCUAUUCUUAUACAUACUCUAAACACGUACACGGAUGGAUAGAGAACAAAUGGAUAUAUGCUAACAGCAAAUACAUAAAGACAUACAAACAUACAUACAUAUAAGUUAUUAACAGAUAAGACAACGAACCGGGAUACAGUUGUGCUUUUAGGUUGCGAGAAUUCUGUGUAAGCUCUGAAAAGCUUUCGAAAGCUGAUGAAGAAAGUAAUGAGAAAAGUGCGCGGAAGCUUUAAGUUACACUCCACUGUUUGCAAGCAAACGCUCUUCAGACCAGCUUGUGGAAACUGCUUAGAUGUUUUCAGAACAAGUGUUCUUCUAUGCAUAUAAUGUAUUAGAAAGCUCAAAAAAGCUCUGUACGCGUACAUGGUUGCUUCUCAAAUUGGUUUUUGAAAGCUUAUGAAACAAUUUUCAAAAUAAAAGCUCUAAGUAGAUACGACUCUAUACGUUUUAUAUAUAGGCGCGAACAGGCAAAACACUUUUUGCGCCCAAUUUUAAUCAAAUUCAGUCACUUCUAAAACAUAGCUCGCACUAAAAGAUGUUUUAAAGCUUUCUUUGGAUUUCAUUGGCCGCCCACAGAGUAAAAGCCCUAUCAACAAUGCGCAAACUUAGAGUCUUUUGAAGCUUUUUUGAAGAGAAUGGUCACAGACAAAUCCCUUACUAUACUCAGAGAGGGCCGAGCUUUCUUUUUUCAAUGAAAUACCUACAACUGUAUCCAUAUUCUCGAAAGUUUUCAGAACUAUUUCUAUGGUGAAAGCUUGAGAGAGAAGUUGAAAUGAGUCGUCGCAUAAUAAUAUGAAGAACUAAGAGCAAACUAAAGAAAUGUUAUAUAGUCUUCGCACUUUCGAGUGCAUAUGAAAGCUUCACAAAAAUUGUAAUCGAUAGUAACCGAAGAUAUUCAGCUCAAUUCAAAGCUAUCUGUUCACGCCCCGUCUGCCACAAGCUCAUUACAAAGACCACACCCAAUUAGAACACACCCACAACCAUAAAUACACACUCAAGUAAACAGUUGAGGCGCUACAGCAGAUAAAAGAGGAGGACCUCAUCAACUUUUACAAACAAACUUGCAUACAAAUUCACUAAUUUCCUAUUCGUCGAAAAUCGUUCAUAUCAAUUUUGCAUGUUUACAUAAAUAUAUUUAUUAUUCUUAAGCAAUAGUUUUAACUAUACUCGUGUAUUUAGUAUAAUUAAUUUAUCGUUUCAAUUAUAUAAUUUAAUUACUUAACAAACACAAUUUUCAAUAUUUGUGUAAACUUAAUCAGACGCAAACGUCAACACUCGAAACAAUUAGAGAACUGAGUGUAAGAAAAGACAAAAAUUAUGUAAAAAAAAAAAACUUAAUUCAUUAAGUGUUUAAAUUUGCUUACACAUGGCAAAACAAAAACUUACUUACAUUUUUUCAAUUAUGUAUACUAUUGACUUAUGUACUUGUGCUUAGUUGCUGCUAAAUAGUUACUUAGUUGAUGUGCAGUAUUCGUUAAUUGAUAAGUUAUUAAUAUUUAUAAUAAAAUAUAUGCAUGAAUGAAAAAAUUCAUUUCAAAGCUAGUGAAAAAGAAUCGGCAAGUUGAAAAAAAAACAUCUUAUAAGAAUUAGUUUGAAAUUUUGUGUCCCAAGGCAUGAGCUGGCUUUUGACUUGCUAGCUUCGAGAACUUAAAAUCCGUUUAAGGAAUUUCCGUGAAAAAUUCAAAAAAUUAUUAUCGCUGACUUAUAGCCAAAAUAUUGUUAACUGGUUGAAAAUUAUAAACACAUUUUCAACUGAAUGAAAUUAGAGGCAGCACAGAGAGUGAGAGCGCCACUCUGGUGCUUACACUUCUAUUCAAGCAGAACAAGAACAAAUGUGCAAUACAUACUCUGUGGCAAAGAGUGUUAAGCAGAGACAAGCAUAGCAAUGGCACGGGCUUUAUAUACAUACAUAUUUUUUUAAAGAUAGGUGUAUGUAUGUAGUAUAAGUGUUACAAAGAAAGAGAGUUACGGCCUUUUGGACAUAUGCAUACAUACAUAUGUGGACAUAUACAUGCAUACAUAUAUAUAAAAUCAUUCAAAGCUUAAAAAAGCUCAGAGUCAAACAAAUCCGCUAACGAAUGUGAGCUUCAUAGUCUUGAAUU